AUGAGUCUCAACAUCAUGGCGAGAUCAGGGAGCAUCCGGCAACGACAUGGAGGGUUGGGGUCCAAGGCCCGCAAGCUCGCGGCAGUUGGCGUGGUUGGAGUUUUGCUCUUCUCCAGGGGACAAGCGGUUGCAGAUGAUCUCCAUGAAGGACUCCAGAAUCGUGGUUUGCAGGCGCAGCAAAAGGUCACGACUGUUGCGCUGUCAGUCACCGGUACAACCGCUAAAUGUGCGUUUCCAGCGACACGCGAAGCAGGCGAACCAGGCGAAGCAGACACCGCCCCCGCAAGUGGCAGCGUGACGCUGUCGAAAGGAAUUCUAACGGCCACUUUGCAGUGUUCCAGUCAAAGUGCUGAGACCCUCUCGACGAUACCGACAAAUCUGGCUCAUAAAGUUUGUGGUCCAAAACAGGGACACUCACCAGAAGCCGGUAGCUGCACGGUUACGGGCAGCUCGUUAGUCGGCACAGAAACAGAGCUGAAACAACUCCUCGGGACAACCCGUGAGAUCAAGUGGAUAAAAGACCAGAGCCCCGAUGUGAGACCCAACACACAAUGGAGCUUGGCCCUCCAGGAGUCAGACCUGCCUCUAUCAGAGAAGACCUUCUUCGUCGGCUGUCAGCAGACGCAGACACAGAAUAAGAAGGGUUCAGCGCAAACGAAGUCGACAUGUACUGUAACAGUAAACGUCGAAGCCAGAGCUUCUUCUGUUGGGGAGAAUAACGUGGUCACCUGCGCUUACGGCAAAAACAGCAACCCUAAGCCCUUGGAGGUCGACAUGACAACAGCGAACAACACCCUGACCAUUGACUGCGGUUCCGAGGGUUCUCUCAAUCCGGCGUCAUAUGAGACUCAGUUUUGCGAUCCUCAGGAAAAAGAUUUGAAAAACUGCGCCAAGAAGGAUUAUGUUGAUAUUCUUCCGACUUUCCGUACGACUUGGUGGACAACAGAGAAUGAAGGUAGUUCGGUGAAGCUGACAAUCCCGGAGACGGAGUUUCCGGAAUCAGAACAACAGUUCCGAUUGGGCUGCGUACCAGUGACGACUACUUCGAAUGGCGCCACAAACGAGAAUAACAAGUUGCAUGAAGACGAGGAGGGUGGUGCAGAGACUGUUACAUCAACGAGCUGCAAUGUGUUGGUGACUAUCAAGACCAGCGCCGCUUCGUAUGCGUCACACACUAUGCAAAUGCUGACAGCAGCCUCGGGAGCGGCCGCAGUGACAGGGCUCAUUGUUGGCUCCUUGUAA